AUGGAUAAGGCACCUGACACACUGCAACCUUGCUCUGUUGAUAGUCUGGUGGACUUGUUACCAUCUAUUACCAGUAGUUCUUGUGGUAAUGAGUUUGAUAACCACACUAAAUGUCGUCCACAAGGUGUCAAUUGCUCAGGGUCAGGGAUACCGCUAGAUCGUCUGGUUAUGCCUUUAGCUUAUGAGUGCAUACAAUCUGAUAGGCAAACCAGCUGGGCAGUUGCUCGUGUGGGGUUUAGUAGAUGUUUGAUCUUGUUCUGUAAGAAACUCAUUGUGAUCCCAGAUAUGUUUGAUGAGAAGAUGGUUGGGACAAACUUCUGUAAGAGACUGUCCUUCAGUUUGAGGAUUUAUAAAGCUACUUCGAAGUCUCUCAAAGGAAAUCUAUAUAUUGAAUAUGAAGCCUCAUUGGUGCAAGCAGUUGGUUCUUUUGCUGAUGUAGUGCCUGGGUUGUUUAGACCUGUAUUUGAGUUUGUAAAUAGCAAUGUGGCAAUCGAGGGUAGUUUGGGGACCCCCAUUCUGUUGCUACUGGAAGACUUUCUUGAACUCAUUUGGGGUACUUUCUGCAACAACAGUGUUUUGCGUGGUAGCUUCCAUACUAGACAAUUUAGACUCUUCUUUAUGGAGAUAAAACAAUGUUGCUAA